GAUCUGCUCCUGAAAGCAAAUGCUAACCAGUUCAGGUGUGCAACCACGAAGCCUGAAAAGGGAGAGAUUGACAAUAUACCUAUUAAAUUAAAUGCUGCAGCUAUUUUAAGAGAGGGUGCCCUCUAUCACCGGAAAAUGGAACAGGAGCUCAAGAGAGUUGAAAAUUUGCUACAAGGUGCUGGAGACCCAUCUGAAUUCCUGGAAUGGCAAAAGCAGAUGCGUGGAAAAGAUUUGGAAGGGCAGCUCGCUGAAAUAGAGUGUAGGAGGCUUCAAGGGAAACUGAGUCAUGAAGAGGCAAUUCUAGCUCAUCAGAAUGUAAUUCAAGAAAACAAGAAGAAAGCAGAUCUAAUGAGAGAACAGAAAGCAGAGUUGAUGCACCAGUACGCAGAGAAACGUCUACAGGAACAGAAAGAAAUGAGAGAGCUGGUGGAGCAGGUCGCGGAAGGACACAAGAAUGCAAAGCAAGCAAAAAGAAAGCUCCAGGAAUACAAACAACAGAUAGUUCAGGAAGUUUGUGAAGAAAAUCGAGAACUUCUUCGGCGAGCUUUAGAAGAAGAGGAGGAGAAGCUUAGGAAAAGAUAUGAACUAAUUCAACAAAUACGAGCUCUUGAGUCUUUACCAAGCCUCAGACACAAGUUUGUUGAUUUAACUGAGACUGGUGGCCAUGGUUUAAUUUGUGAAAUGUCAAUAGUGGAACUACGUGAACGCCUCGCUCUACUCAGAGAAGCACAGAAGGCAGCAGAGGAAGAGAAGAGAGACCAGAUCAUCCAUGAAAAACAAGCUAAGGAACAACUUCUUCUAGACAAACUGGACCAGAUUUCCCUGUUCAGAGCAGAACUUGGACGAGCAGCUGCUCUAAAGCAAGAAGAAAAGAAAAGAAAGUCCCAGUCUGGUGAAAGGCCGAUGAAAGAUGAACGCAUUUUAAACCUGCAGAAAAAGAUUGUAGAGAAAACAAUGGAGCGUAAAAAGCAAGCAGGACUCUUAAAGGUUACCCCGCAGAAAACCAGCAUCGCGUCAAGGAAGGAUUCUUUGCAGUGGAACCAUUGGAAAGAACUGGAAGAGAGUCGGGAACGACAGUUCAAGAUUCUUCAACACGGCUUCAUGGCCAGAGAAACAGCUCAGAAAAUGGCUGCCUAUGAGGCAGCAAGAAGUGGAGCCACAGUCUGUAUAUUGCGCUCCGAAGUAAAAUAAAAUACAUUUGGAACAAAUUCAAGCCUGCUGGAAAUCUCCCAGUGUGCCUAUUUACUACAAGGUCAAAUUUUAAUCUUUAUUUCACCUUUACAGUGUGAUUAGAAAAAUUUAGGUCAUACAGGCACAAUAGAAAAAAAAUGUGGGGUUUUUUUGUAAUAGAAUUUUAUUUUUAAGCUAUAAUGAUAGGUUUGUUUCUGUUAGAAUCAAAAGCUUGAAGAAACUGAAA